AUGAAUUCCACUGCUAUAAUUGACUUUUUCAGUGGAAUUGCCGGUGCAACAGCAUCAGUUUUUGUUGGACAACCAUUAGAUACAAUAAAAACCAAAUUACAAACAUUUCCGACUCACUAUAAACAUUUUUUUGAUUGUGGACAAAAAAUUUUUCAUGAAAAUGGUCUACGUGCAUUAUAUGCUGGAACUGUACCAUCAUUACUUGCAAAUGCUGCAGAGAAUGGAAUUUUAUUUAUGGCUUAUGGUCAGUCUCAAAAUUUAAUUUGUUUUUUACGACAUAAAACAGAUCAUGAACAAUUAAAUACAUUCGAGAAUAUGGCAGCCGGAAGUUUUGCAGCUGUAUUUUCAUCUGUAGCUUUAUGUCCAACAGAAUUAGUCAAAUGUCGAGCACAAACAUUGAAUGAAAUGCAAAAGAUGCAUACAUUGAAUGGAGAAAGUACAGUGUAUAAAAAGAUUUCACCAUAUAAUAUUACUCGAAAUAUAAUACGUACUGAAGGUAUACGUGGUUUAUUUCAUGGUUUAACAACAACAUUAAUAAGAGAAUGCCCUGGUUAUGGAUGUUUUUUUGGUGGUUAUGAAUUAACAAGAACAAUUUUAAUGAAUGAAAAUCAAAAAAAAGAAGAUAUUGGUUUUAUAAAAACAUGGGUAUCCGGUGGAAUGGCUGGUAUUUGUUUUUGGAUAUUUAUGUUUCCUAUUGAUGCAGUUAAAUCACGUAUACAAGUAUUUAAACCAACAAUAAGUUUUCCAAGAUAUACUUUAGAAAUAAUACAAAAUGAAGGUUUUAUGGUUCUCUAUGCUGGUUUAUUACCAACUCUUAUUCGUACAUUCCUGGCUACUGGUACAUUAUUUAUAACAGUAGAAAAAACCCGAUUAUUUCUUAGUCAAAUAUUUUAA